AUGUGGUUCUCUCAAUGGGCUGCCUCAGCCCUGGCAUUGGCCUCGGCGGUAACGGCCGCAGAUACAAAGUAUUGGCAAGACAACACUGAUGUGAAGAUGCUUCCUUUACGAACGCAUAGCUUGGUUCCGCCCUAUCUAGAUUCCGACAUGCAUAGUCGGUGGUGGGAUUUUGGUGGUGAUACUGUUAUUCGUACAGACCAAUAUGUACGACUAACAUCUGAACGACAAUCCCAACAGGGCUGGAUAUUCUCCCGCGUCCCUCUAACCGCGACCAACUGGGAGAUUGAAUUUGAAUUCAAGAUCCACGGAUCAGGCCACUUGCAUGGCGACGGAUUUGCGCUCUGGCUCACCAAAGGCCGUGCCACGCCAGGCCCUGUGUUCGGAUCGGCAGAUCGAUUCGAAGGUCUCGGAAUCUUCUUCGAUACCUACAAGAAUAACCGUCCUGGUACCUCGUUCCCAUACGUUAUGGCCAUGAUGGGAGAUGGACAAACAUCCUAUGACCAGGAGCAUGACGGCAAGGAUAAUGAGUUGGCUGGAUGUUCUGCUCGCGGUAUCCGAGAUGCCGCAAUCCCCACAAAAGCGCGCCUAACCUACUUCCAAGACCGCUCCCUCACGCUCGACCUCCAAUACAAAUCCGACAGCUCCUGGACCGAAUGCUUCUCCCUUAGCGCAGCCGACACAAACAUCGCCAUCCCCUCGGUGGCAUACCUCGGCUUCUCAGGCGAAACAGGUGAAGUCACCGACGUGCACGAUAUUAUUUCCGUGGUUACGCACAACCUUUAUGACUCAAGUACCGCUGCGAGCAGGAAUAGGGGUGGUGCACCGACCAGCCGUGGACGAGGUGGAAAGAAAAAGCAGGCCUCUUCCGGUGGAUGGUUGUGGUUCUUCUUCAAGAUCUUCUUGUUCUUCGGUGUGGUGAUUGGUGCGUAUGUCGGAUUUACGAUUUAUAGGUCGAGUCAGAGGCAGUCUCGCUUCUAA